AUGUAUGGUGUUCUUGGGCUGGAUCACCGGGGCGCCAUCAAAUGUGCUGUUAUCAACAAUGUCAGACACGUCAGUUACCGAAUGAAUGGAAAAACGACGGACGACAACGUCUUGACACAGUGCACUGGGAAGAGAGAGAUUGUCACUGUCAAGAAGCUCCGCGACGAGAUGCGGUUUGUUUUAGAUCGUCGGGAAAAGGGCAAGAGUAUACGAAAGGAUAAAAUGGCAUUAUUCCCCGGCAGAAAGGGGAACAUCGGCGUUUCCAGGGUGAAACUCUUCAAAUUUGAUGUUGAUGUCAACCUCGAGCCGGCUCCGCCACUAGAUGACACACACGCCUUCUUGCAGCAUGGCGCAGUGGUAGCGUGCGGGGCCCAUAUAUCGAUGGAAUGCAUUACACUUGUUCUUUCGCGGGCCGUGGCCACUCGGUCGCGCUUGGAAAACUUGAUUUUGCUUCUGCCUGUCUCACAAUACCUCGUAUCUCGCACUGGAGGGCCUGUUACGCAUAACUGUCGUCGCCGUGGCACAUCGAUGUCUUUGCUAUCUAUUAAACAGGGGGUUGAUAUCAUCGAAGUCGGCGUACCACUUCACAAUACGGGAUAUCGACUGCUCGUGUGCGUACUAUCCUCCUUCGAGGAGAGGCUCCGCCAUUCACGCACGUCGAUACAGCCCGACGAAAAUCCAGAAUUAUUUCUUUUCGUACUUGACCAAUUUUCACCUUUGAAAUCAUCGUUGAUCGUCAAACCAGCAACGAAAAGGCCAUAG